CACUUCUUCACUGGCUUGGCUUUGUUCUUCUGUGCGCCAAACUUUCCCACACAGAAGAAGCGACGCGACGCGCUGCUGUUGUUUCCCUCCAUUCAUUCCCUGAGGAAAACCGAAGACGACACAACAACACCCUUCUCCCCUUGCUUGUGCUGCUUACCCUCUCCUCCCAUCGUCGAGACUGCGCGACACAUCAGUCAGAAUGGUGUCGGUCCGUUUUGUGGUGGCGGCUGUGUUCGCUGCUGCAUUUGCUGUGGCCGUGUUUGGCGCACAGCCUUCCUCUGCCAAGGCCUGCAAGGACUUCCAAACAUGCACAGAGUGCCUGAACGACGGCACAAAGUACUGCGGCUGGUGCCACAUGGACGUCGUCUACAAGAACCAAACCAUCGGCACCAAAUGCGUGGACAUCCGUGACUCCUGGUCCUGCCCUUCCAUCUUCGACACCGCCGGCUGUACCCCUGGCUACUACUGCAACUACACGACUGGCCAGUGUGCCCAGGCACCUGCUGGCAGUGGCAUGUACGGCAACUACUCGUCGUGCAUGGACCACUGCUUCGUCACCCCGGACACCUACAUCUGUAACACGACCACAUACCAGUGCGUCAAGUGCAAGCACCCGAACGACCCCGGCUGUGCAUCCAAGGGCGAGGCGUGCGCCAACUGCAACGCCCCACCUGGUCAGCUCUUCCGCUGCGACCGGUCCGACCCAUCAAACCCGACAUGCGCCGCCUGCCACCCACACGACCCGCACAUCAAGAACUGCACCGACUUCCACAAGGCGUGCGACAACUGCCAGAUUCCACCCCCGUCCCCGCCGUCCCCACCAUCGCCACCAUCACCACCAUCCCCACCAUCACCACCACAGCCGCAGAAGAACUACACGUGCAACACCAAGACGAUGCAGUGCGAGGAGUCGACGCCCGGCCAGCCGCUGGUGGCAUGCGAGGCGCGCUGCUCCAACUCAACCCCGCCGUCAUAUGUGGGCAUGUACCGUGGCAUCCAGGCACAGACCAACUACAAGUCGGGCGAGUUUGGCUUUGACUUCAAGAACAGCACCGUGGUCAUCCGCGACAACAACGGCAACGACGUGCACGGGCAGGUGUACGUGCUCGACGACACCAAGAUCAAGCUGCUGGACGGCCCCAACAAGGGCAAGGUGCUCACAGUCGACUUCCGCAGCGUGGACACGGGCCCGGAGACCACGGCCUUUGCCCUCAUGGUCAGCAAGCCCGACGGCAACCUCACCUACUCGCUGGAGGACGCCAUGAAGGGCAAGAACGGCGAGACGGUGUACUUCCUCUCCCGUUGCAACUCGUGGAAGAGCAAGCUGUGCAACUUUGCGCCCGCCUUCCAGUGGCUGCUUGACAUGCGCGCGCGCUUUGCCCGCCACGUUGCCGGCAUGGCCCCUGCUGCCAACGCCAACGACGACGAGGACGGUGUCAGGAAGUACCACCCCAGCACUGGCACGGGCGCGAAUGAUGUGAGGCGGCUGCACUACGACACGUACGCGCACGAGGCGCUGUCGCCGCUGGAGAACGACCCGUGCAACAAGUACCUCGACUGCAGCUCGUGCAUUGCCGCGCACGAGGGCGACGUGUCAUGCGGGUGGUGCCUUGGCGGGCAGAUUGUGUACAACACCACGGGCAAGUCGCAGUACAAGUGUGCCGGUUACGAGAAGGGCAAGGCGCCGCCGUUCACGUGCACCAAGGACUUCCGCACCGAGGACUGCAGCGGCUACUCGUGCGCCUGGAACUCGUCCACCCCGCAGUGCUACAAGAGUGACAACGGCCAGUACCCAGACAUGCAGACGUGCCAGAAGACAUGCCACGCCUCGCAGAUGGCCAAGUGCAACAACCAGACCAAGCAGUGCGAGACAUGCACCAAGGGCCCCGGCUGCCAGCAGACCAUGGCGCAGUGCGACGCCACCUGCAACGUGCCCCACGCCAAGUGCAACCUCACCACCCACCAGUGUGUGUCGUGCGACCCGGCCACCGACCCAGACUGCGUCGACACCAAGGGCGCGUGCGACGAGAAGUGUCGCAAGGCGUCCACCUACGGCAUCUGCGAUCCAACCACGGGCCAGUGCGUCCCCUGCGACCCAUCCCAGCACGAGAAGGGCUGUGUGCAGAACUGCAACAACACGUGCUCCUUUGGCGGCCUGUACGGGUGCAACGUCACGGACCACACGUGCGUGCAGGGUCUGGGCACCAUGACCCUCCCGGACUGCGUCAACGAGUGCGUGCCCCACAACCACACGGGCAACUACGGCUGCGACUGGUCCAACCCAGAUGCCCCCGUGUGCAAGGAGAAGAAGGGCCACCUGCAGAAGAAGGACUGCAUGCGCAACUGCCACGCCCCCGGCUUUGCCAAGUGCAACUACACGACCGGCCAGUGCGUCAAGUGCACGCCAGACGACCCCAACUGCCGCUACACCAAGACGGAGUGCGACAUCUUCUGCCACAAGUCGUCGGCACAGGGCACCUUCCGCGGCAUUGAGAUCAGCAAGGACUUCAAGCGCGGCGAGUGGGACUUCUCCUUCUUCGGCGACGGCACGGUUGCGUUUGAGCUGUACGGCACAAGCACCAAGUACGAGGCGCGGUUUGACGAGCACGGGUCUGCCAGCGAGGGCACGUCGAUUGUGUUCACGGUGACGGAGGCGCCGGCCAACGGCCCGCUCGACAUCAACGUGGGCGAUGUGCUCAGCGGCCUCUUCAUCAACGACAACGGCGAGAACCACAUUGUCAAGUACAUGUACCUUGGCCUGGGCACGAACGCAAAGGCCGCCAGCACGUUUGAUGACGCAAUGACCUCGUUUGAGUGGGUCCUCACGGGCUGCCAGGACAACGCCCCCUGCGACUUCAGCUCCUCCCGCCUUCCAGAGUAAAGGCAGCCGCGUGAACCUGACUGUGUGUGGGAAGACGUGUGUGUGUGUGCGUGUGUGCAGACGUGUGUGUGUGUGUGUGUGUGUGUGUGUGUGUGUGUGUGUUCUCGUGUAUGUGUG